AUGUUUUCACAAAUCAUACGUAGUGUGAACCUAGAUGUCGAGUCGUCAACGGAUGCAUCGGACGAAUUCGCCAAACUCUUGAAACUAUCUGAGCAAUCGCAUUUAGAGUAUGAAGAUGCAAAGACCAGGCUAGAAGAGACCAACAAGGAAAUAAAUCACUACGAUGAACAGUUGAACAUUAUUGAAAGGGAACGUGUUAAACUCAUGUCGGAGUUGGCUCUUCAAAUGCAGAUGAAACAUGACUUAAAGAAUAAAGUAGAGGGUCUGAAAAAUAUACUGCAAUCCACAGAGUUUGACUUAAAAAAAUAUAACAAAAUGAAGUUAAGUACUGCUGAUCUAGAUGUUUUCUCUCAUACUAAGAAAACAUUCAUUACUUAUAAAAAUAUGUUGAAGAUAUAUUUUGAUUAUUCCAAUGGUGCAAAAGCAACUACACAAAAAGGAUAUACGUUUAACAGAAUCACAAAAAAAUUAGCUUACUUUGAGUUUAAUACGGAUGAAAAAACAGACAAUGAAAUUUCAGUAUGCUUAUGGAAUAAAAUUAAGUUAGUUUCAGAUAAAACUUGGGAAAUGUUAACUGAAUAG